AUGCAGAAACAGCAAGAACAAUGUCAAAUAUUUACAGUUGUCCUCUUCACAUUUAUUGUCCUGCUAGCAGCUGUGAGCACGACUGAGGCUGGCAAAAAAGAAAAACCAGAGAAGAAGGUGAAGAAGUCUGACUGUGGGGAAUGGCAGUGGAGUGUGUGUGUUCCUACUAGUGGGGAUUGUGGGCUAGGGACCCGCGAGGGAACUCGCAGUGGAGCUGAUUGCAAACAAACGAUGAAGACCCAGAGGUGUAAGAUCCCCUGCAACUGGAAGAAGCAGUUUGGAGCGGAGUGUAAAUACCAGUUCCAGGCAUGGGGAGAGUGUGACCUGAACACCGCCUUGAAGACUCGAACUGGGAACCUAAAACGAGCUUUACACAAUGCGGACUGCCAGAAAACAGUCACCAUCUCCAAGCCCUGUGGGAAGCUUACCAAACCCAAACCUCAAGAAUCCAAGAAAAAGAAAAAAGAAGGCAAGAAACAAGAGAAGAUACUGGAAUAGGGAAGCUGCUCCAUGCUGCGUGGGAAAGGGACUUCCUCGAAUGUAAUCGGUUAACAAGUUUCAUUGACACCUAGGCAAUUAUGCAGAUGUUAUUUAUAG